AUGUCCACGUUCCUGAGAAAGGUUUGGGAAUCGGUUUCGUACCGUUCGAAUUCGAAUUCGAACUCGAAUUAUGAUUACACAUCGCACUGCUCGUCGACUGGAGCAUUUGAUCGAUUACCUCUCGAUAUAUUUAUUAUAAUCGUGAAAUUUCUUGGACCGAAAGAUUCGGCGAAGCUAUGCGCUGUGUGCAAAUCGUGGAAACUAAUUGUUGCAGACAAUCGGCUAUGGAUAUACUUUCUUCAGAAUCAACGAGAGCCAUGGGACUCAAACUUCUUCGGCGAAACGCACUUGCGAUUGGGUUAUCCUCAUCGAACAUUCCCUUAUCAGAUGCCGGAGUUGUCAUUCAUGCACAUCUAUGGCCAACGUGCACAGGUCCCUGGCUCUGUUAUCAUCGAGGAUACUGAAUCUGCCAAAGCGGCUAGAAGACAGCUAAAAGAAACCAUCUAUAUGGCGCUUUUUGACAUGAAUGUUCCAGCUGUUUGUGCCAUCAACCAGAUAAUUCGCUCUAUAUCAGCUCACAGUAUCGAAUGGGGAACACAAAGUGCAACUAGUGUAGCAGAAGUGCAGGCAACUUUAGCUUUAUUCGCGGCUAGAAGGACUUCAGGAAUUGUAGUUAACAUUGGUUUCCACCAAACAUCUGUUGUUCCCGUUUUUCAUGGCCAAGUAAUGCGCAAGGUGGGCGUGGAAGUCAUGGGAAUGGGGGCACUAAAGCUUACUGGAUUCCUUAGGGAGCAGAUGCAACAGCAUAAUAUGCAUUUUGAUUCAUUAUAUACUGUGCGUUCAUUGAAGGAGAACCUGUGCUAUGUCGCUCUUGAUUAUGAAGCUGAGCUAGCAAAAGAUACACAAGCAUCAUUUAAAGUUGCAGAAGCCUUGUUCACUCUGUCGAAAGAGCGCUUUCAAACAGGAGAGAUUCUUUUUCAGCCACGGCUUGCAGGAGUGCGUGCAAUGGGUUUGCAACAGGCUGUGGCACUUUGCAUAGAUCAUUGCCAAGAUGCAGAAUUAACAGGCGAUGAUGGUUGGUUUAAGACUGUAGUCUUGGCUGGGGGGGUCUGCGUGUUUACCGGGACUAUCAGAAAGAUUAGAGAAGGAACUGCAUGA